UAAUAACAAAACCACAACGAAAAUGGAGGACUCUUCAACUUGUGACAGCAAUUUUGAAAAGUUAUCGGGAAGAAAAUAUUUGAUAGGACCAAUCACAUUUAUGCAUUUGUUCGGUUUUUCCAUAUUUAGCGCCACGGCUACCCUUUACUACCCAUAUAAUGUUGGGAAAUCCUUAUUUUCAAACUCUUCUACGGAGAAUGGAAAGAGUUCAGUGUGCAGUAGCAAUUUAAAUGCGUCAGAAACAGAGCAUAGUAAAAUCAUACAAUCCGAGGUGGCCAUGUUUCUGAUGUACCUUGCUGUUUGUGAGGGGAUUCCUUGUAUUCUUUCAAACUUGCUCCUUGGAAGUAUUAGCGAUCGUGUUGGAAGAAAAAAGAUGUUGAUAAUUCCAACUAUAGGACUGCUAUUUGCGGAAGUUUUAAUGAUUAUAUUCAUGUAUUUCGAGUUCAAGCUAUACUACCUUUUAAUACCAUUGAUAUUACACGGUUUCAGUGGAGAGGCAUUUGCAAAUAUACAGUUUGCAUUAUCUUACACGUCUGAUAUCACAGGAAACAACAAGAAGAGAACAGUCGCCAUGGGUUUCAUGGAAAUUUUCAUCGGCAUGGGACUUUUAGUGGGAGGCGUAGUAGCUGGUUAUGUUAUUCGGGAUGGAGGGUACUUGUGGUCAAUGAUAACGGCUUUUCCAAUAACAUUAAGCAAUAUAAUUUUAAUAUGCUUACUUCCGGAAACACGUAAAAGAAAAAUCAAGGAACCAUGGCACUGCAUGAAUGUUUUAAGAUCGUUGCAUAAAUCCCUCCAAUUCUAUUACUCGAAAAAUUAUUCUGGAAUGCGUUUGAAAUACAAUAUUUGUAUUUCAAUCUGUGUGAUAGGAUUCAUGACUAUAAUAGGCAGGAAUCAGACAGAAGUACUUUACAUUAUUAGCCCACCAUUUUGUCUCAGUACCGUUAACGUAGGAUGGUUUCAUGCCAUCAGAGGUGUGAUGCAGCACGGAAUAUCAAUGAUUCUUAUACGAGUUUUCGUGAUAUGCUUGAGGGCAGAAACUAUUGCAGUGUUAGGAGCUGUUUCAGGGACCAUCAGUUUUAUUGCGGAGGGGCUAACAAGUUCAACUGUUGUUUUGUUUUUAACUCCGGUGAUUGGACUGGGAAUGAGUCUUGGAAUUGUCAUGAUGAGAUCUAUCAUGUCUAGAGAGACCCCGAACGAAAGUCAAGGUGCCCUUUUUGGUGGAAUGGCUGCUGUACAAACUGCAUGCACCUUCUUUGGGUCACUGAUCUUCAGUGCUCUAUACAGAAACACUGUUUACUAUUUCCAGGGAACUGUCUUCCUUUUAAUGGCUGCGAUGUUUUCAAUUUCAUUGGUUCUUUCCCUAAGUUUAACCUUCAUUCCGAAGUUACGGCGGAUCGAGUACGACCUUGAAGUUAAAGAAAACAAGACUGAAUUAAAUGAAAAAUUUUAA